GCCACAGAAGAUCCAUUAGGAUCCUUUUUCAAAUCAUUACUGAUUUUUUUUCUUCUUCUUACAGAGCAAACAAAUGCAUCAGCAGUUGAGUUUGAAAGAAAACUGUUUGCACCUUCGCACUCCCCAGACAGAAAAUAAAGAGGUGAUAUGUUGCGUGUAUGUGAGUGCUGAUUCCUACCUGAGUGUCCACACACACCCCUCACUGGAGGCGCAUGAGUUGUUACGGAUUGUGGGGAUGAAGAUGGACAGAGCAGAGGAAGACAUGGUGCUUGCUGUUGUGUUGCAAACUGGAGAGCGAAGGAUGCUGCAGCCAAGUGACUGUGUGUAUUCAGAGUCAAUGACCCCAAACGGAAAGCUUGUGGCCUGUCGCAGGGAUCUUAAUGAGAUUUUGCCUCCUUUAGCCGACAGUGCUGAGUUGAGCAAGAGGCCGGUCCGACUCUUGGGCAUCAACACUUGGGACGUGGCAACGGCGCUCACACAUGUGGACUGGACGCUCUUCAAAUCCAUCCAUGAGCAGGAGCUGGUGUACUACACUCUCAGCCGCCCUCCCGGCAGCGGCCACACGGCGGCGCUCUCCUUCCUGCUGCAGCGCUGCAACGAGGUGCAGCAGUGGGUCAUGUCUGAGGUGCUCAUGUGCGUGUCCCUCAACAAGAGAGUACAGCUGCUCAAGAAGUUCAUCAAAAUCGCUGCUCACUGUAAAGCCCAAAGAAAUCUGAAUUCUGCAUUUGCCAUCAUCAUGGGUCUCAACACAGCUGCUGUCAGUCGACUUAACCAAACAUGGGAGAAAUGUCCCGGCAAGUUCAAGAAGCUUUUUUCUGAGUUGGAGCUCAUCACGGAUCCAUCUCUUAACCACAAAGCUUACAGAGAGGCAUUCAAAAGGAUGAAACCUCCGAAGAUUCCCUUUAUGCCUCUUCUUCUGAAAGAUAUCACUUUUAUUCAUGAGGGAAACAAGACCUUCCACGACAACCUGGUCAACUUUGAAAAACUGCACAUGAUUGCAGACACAGUGAGAAUGAUUCGCCACUGCCAAAGUGAUCAACCAGGUAACGAGGUGAUUGGGGUGGACAGUCCGGAAGUGCGAGCGAGCGUGCACUGUCUGCACAUCAUCGACAAUCAGCAGACGCUCUUCAAACUGUCGCACAAGCUGGAGCCGCGCGCCUAACCGCGCCGGACGCCCCGGCAGGGGUGACGGUUGCCGGCAAAAAUCCCACACAAUCAAACACAAGCGAGAUCCGUCUGCAGGGACAGCAGAGGGCAAAAAAAAAGAAACCAUGAGGACUCUCAAUAAAGAUGUGCUUGGAAAGGAUGAAGCCGGUGAGCUUUCUACAGAUCUGUGGAGGAAGAUAAGGAUUCGCCAAACUGAGACGGACACCUGAGGAGGCUUUUUUUUUUUGGUCUAGUUCCUGUCAGAACAAGUGUAGACUUUUUUUGUUGUUGUAAUAAUUGAUUUAUUUAUUGACUUGUUGAUCAGUUUGUUUCUUUGCCAACAAAGACUUAUACAUAAGUUCAGUGGAAACUUUUCGUUUUAGAGCCUUGCAGAAAAACUCUCUGCAGAUCAACAUAAACGUCUGAGGAUUGAACCGUUUUAAAGCCCUCCCGUCCAGCCAAACGCUCUUCAUCCACAGUUCUCUACAAUGUCUUAAUGUGAAUAGAUGCUGAGAGACGUGGACUGUACAUAAUGUGGACCUAACGGUGUUCAGUGCCAAGCGUCACGUUGAGUUCUGCAGCACAGCUGUUUUCUACAGCGCCUCUUUUUUUCUUAGGAAUCGCCGCGUUUUGACUUCCUGGAAUAAGCCCAGCGAUGACGUCUGCUCCUUCAUCCCAUUCUUCGCUCGAUUGUUUGCCAUGUCAGGUUGCUAUGGAAACACAACCUCUGUAAAAAGCAGCUUCUGUUCUGUUUUUUUUUUUUUUGUCUGUACGUCCUUGAAAUGCUUUGUUGGUGUAACAUUGGAUAUGUCGCACAUUAAGAGCAGCUUUGUUACACUAAGUUUGUGAGUAGAUUGAAGAUAUAUGAUGACUGAAAAAAACAAAAAAAAAAUCAUUUCAGAAAUAGAUUUUUUUAGAAACUGUGAGACCCCAUUUAGAAUGGGACUGAAAAAAGGAAGUACAAUACAUACCUGCUUCUUGUAUGAGCCAUUAUUUGUCAACCACUCCUGUCAAAAUCCCAUUUAUUUACAUAUUUUUACACCAUUCCUUCUAAAACCUUCAUCCUAAACACCAAACUAAAAGGUCAAGACCGAUUUCUUUAAAAAAUAUUAAUUUAGGCAUUUUAAUAAUGCUGUUGCAUACAUUUUCAGCCAAAGUUUUGUAACAUUUUUAUCAUUUUAGUUCAUAUUUUGUGUUAGUGGCUCAUUACUCAUUACCGAUGGGUUUCUCCUAAAUAUUGCUCACUACUUUUUGUUAUUUAGAUGCCUAUAUAGGGCAAAUUUGGGGAUAAAGUGCAAUGCUUCAAAAAAAAAAAAAAAGCUGCUUCAAGGAAGUGAUUUUCAGUAAGAAAAAUAAAAACUCUUAAAAUUUCGUUCACACUCCAAGGCAUUAUUUGACCUUUAUUAUGUCCCUUUAAUAUGUAAUAAUGGUAAGAAGUCCAAACCGAAGAGGAUUUUGUGGGAUAACGCUCCAGCAUUGUGAUAUUUUUUCCUACUUAAGCAUUGAUUGUAUUGAAAAUAAAUGUCAUUUUUCUUUUAUGGGAAAUCAUGUUUUACUUUCUCGCAGACGUUGUUGUAAAACCACAUCAGUGAUAUUUCGAGCUAUCAUGUGUUCCUCUAUGACUGUACAUGAGGUGCAAACACAAAUGGCAUCAUUUUUAAAGAAUGAAAUAGUUGUUUUGUUAGUUAAAUAUUGAAAUUAGUUCAUUUUUUGGUGACAAACGUCUUGUUUAGUGCCAUGUUUGAAGAUUCCGCAGACGUGGAGGUGUUUUUGUGUUGUUGUUGUGUUUCAUGGCCACUUGAGGGCAGCAGAAGAGCGACUGAGUGUGACCACACUCAAGUUUUUUCUUUAAAUCAUGAAUGAACUGGAAGUCAGAGGAAAACUGCACUUUGUUUCUUAUUAUUUUUUAUCAUUUUGUGUCAAAUUUGUUUGCAUGACAAAACAAAAAAGGUCACAAUAGGAGAAAGGACACUUUGUAACAUUGUUGUGUAAAUAUCUGCUCAUGUUUAGUAUGUUGUAAUUCAUCUGUUAAGGAAAAUGCGGUCAACCACAAAGCAAUAUGUCUCCUCUCACCCCGCCUUCAGUCCAGUCCACUGAAGCCCCUCGUCUUUUCUAAAGCAGUGUUUUACUAUGUUCCAAUUUUACUGAAAAUGAAUAAAUUAUAGGUUUUAUGUGACACUUA